AUGACACAGUGCUUGACAUUUGAUGUUCUUGGACACCUUGAUGGAACCCUGCAACCUAAUGGAGAUGACGAUGCCAACUGGCACAAGCGAGAUGGCUUGGUUAAGUUCUGGAUCUAUGGUACUCUAACCGAACCGCUGUUCAAAUCGAGCUUCAAGACAGGCGGCACGGCUCGAGACGUUUGGCUCCGCAUCGAAAACCAAUUCAGAAACAACAAAGAAGCACGAGCCAUUCAGCUUGACAACGAACUACGGACAACGGAGAUCGGUAAUCAGACAAUUCAAGAAUACACCAUGAAGCUUAAAACACUUGCUGACCUCCUCUCCAAUGUCGACGCACCAGUUAAUGAAAGAACUUUGGUCAUGUACUUGCUAAAUGGCCUGAACGAACGGUAUGAUAAUAUCGUUAACUUGAUAAAGCACAAGGAACCAUUCCCAUCCUUUGACAAUGCCAAAUCCAUGCUAGAGAUGGAGGAACAACGACUGAAGAAGACACACAAACAACCGGCUGCGAUUCACACUGAUACCUCGUCUUCCUCCUCAGCGUUAAAGGUUACCCAAUCGACCAACAACAACGACACCGGCAACCAACCUCGCCGCAAUCAACAGUCACGAAACAACCAGAACAAUUACCGUGGCAAUCGGAGAGGCAAUCGCUAUCGAGGAAGAGGCAAUGGAUAUCAAGGCAGACCCAAUUUUAACUACUGGACCCAACCUCAAAUGUCGUCCAAUGCAGGCCCAAUGGUCCCCUGGCCCAAUCAAUUUGCAAAUUGGACUCCGUUUAAUCAACAUACGACAUAUCGCGGUCCCCCUUAUGCGUCAUCGUCGUCUCAGAGACCUGCAUACCACAACAAUCAUCAAGCUCAGCUCACAGAAAUUCAACCCUUUGUAGAGGCUUAUACUACAGAGUUUCUACCCGAUAAUGGAAUUGCAGAUUGGUUCAUGGAUUCUGGAGCGACUUCACACAUCUCCAACACUGCAGGUAAUCUCUCUUCUGGUAAUAAUAAUUGCAUCAAUCAUUCCAUCAUCGUGGGCAAUGGUUCCAGCAUUCCGGUAACAUCUGUUGGUUCUUCCGUUCUUACUACUCCCACCAGACCUUUAUCUCUUAAAAAUGUUUUGGUAACACCACAAAUUGUUAAAAACCUCAUCUCUGUUCGUAAAUUCACCCGUGAUAAUUGGUGCUCUGUUGAUUUUGAUCCUUUUGGCUUUUCUGUGAAGGACCUUCUCACCAAGAAAACUCUGCUCCGCUAUGAGAGCUCAGGCGAUCUGUAUCCCCUUCCAGCUUCAUUCAAUAAACAGUCGCCAUCAACUUCAACAGCUCUCUUGGCUUCCUCUCCUUUCUUAUGGCACAAACUUCGCUUCUCCUGCCCUCAUACGUCUCAGCAAAACGGUAAGUCCAAACGCAUGAUCCGAACGAUCAACAAUGCGAUAAGGACUUUACUAGCUCAGGCAAAGCUCUCCCCAAGCUACUGGGUAGAAGCUCUCCAUGUCGCUGUCCACCUCAUUAAUAUUCUUCCAUCUGCAGCAAUACAAAACCAGAUUCCUCACACUGUUCUUUUCCAGCAGAAUCCUACUUACCAUCACCUACUGGUGUUUGGUUGUCUCUGCUUUCCUAAUCUCAACUACUCUCAUCUUAACAAGCUUGCUCCAAGAUCAACACCCUGUUUAUUCAUUGGAUAUCCUUCUCAACACAGAGGAUACCGCUGUCUCGACUUAAAAACCAAAAAAAUAAUCAUAUCGAGACAUGUCUAUUUUGAUGAGGAAAAACUUCCUGCUGCAAAUUCUAAACAACAGAUAUCCAAAUAUCAGUUCCUUGAUCAUAAUGAAGAAUCAUCACCUCUUUUCCAAUCGAUUCUUCAAAGCCCAAUGCCAAACACUGAGCCUCCUCAAACACAAAAUCCUUCCCCUCAGCCGCAAGCACCUGCUCCUCCUCGUCACCCCAUGACAACGAGAGCAAUGGAUGGCAUUCACAAACCAAAAUCUGUGCUUUCUCUUCUCACAACCAGCAAACCACCACUACCAAAAAGCUAUAUCCAAGCCCUUGCUGACCCAAACUGGAACCCAUCGAUAUGUGAUGAGCAUGAUGCAAUGAUUAAAACUGGAAGUUGGGAUUUGGUUCCCUGCCCAAAGAAUGUUAAUAUAGUACGAUCAAUGUGGCUACACAGACACAAGUAUGACGCAAAUGGCAACCUCAAACGCCAUUAA